AAAGUUCGGAAACAGAGAAAAAAAAAAAAAAAAAAAGAAACACAAAGCAAAUAAAAUAAAUGACAAGGAACAAAAUUAAGGCCUUGUUUCGACAUAACUGUUAUUUUUUUUACAUAGUUUGAUGCAUUGACAUAGCUAAUUACUACCUUUAAUUCCUUUCCUUUAUCUAACACACAAACAAUAUAUACCAAAAUCAUGGAUAUUGAUCAUGAAGGCCGUGAUAACAACCUGCAGCAACAGCAGCAGCAGCGUGUAGGGAUCAUGAGCAGCGGGCUAAAGCGCUUCCUGGUCGUGCUCAACUGCGUGCUCAUGGCUCUCGGCAACACCGGCGGCCCUCUCCUGCUCCGUCUUUACUUCCGCCGCGGCGGCCACCGCAUUUGGCUGUCCAGCUUCCUCGAGACGGCCGGCUGGCCCCUCCUCCUCGUCCCCCUCCUCGCAGUCUCCCGCACCCCGCCCUCCGUCUUCGCAACACCUCGCCUCCUCCUCCCCUGCGCCGUCCUCGGCCUCCUCACGGGGCUCGACGACUUCCUCUACGCCUACGGCCUCGCCUUCCUCCCCGUCUCCACCGCCGCCAUCCUCAUCUCCACCCAUCUCGCCUUCACCGCCCUCUUUGCCUUCCUCCUCGUCCGCCAGCGCUUCACCCCGUACUCCCUCAACGCCGUCGCCCUCCUCACUGUCGGCGCCGUCAUCCUCGGCCUCCAUGUCCGCUCCGACCGCCCUCCGGGCGUCAGCAGGGGUCAGUACUACAUGGGCUUCUUCCUCACAAUCGGCGCCGCAGCGCUGUACGGGUUGGUGCUUCCACUAGUGGAGCUGACAUAUCGGAGGGCGAAGCGGCCGAUCACGUACACGCUGGUGAUUGAGAUGCAGCUGGUGAUGGGGUUCUUCGCCACCGCGUUCUGCGCUGUGGGUAUGAUCGUCAACAACGAUUUCCAGGCAAUUUCAAAGGAGGCAAAGAGCUAUGAGCUCGGCGAGACCUGGUACUACAUGGUGCUGGUGUGGUGCGCCAUCUUCUGGCAAUUCUUCUUCCUGGGCACGAUGGGAGUCAUCUUCUGUGUGAACACGCUGCUUGCGGCGAUCAUCAUCGCGGUGUUCAUACCGGUGACCGAAGUCCUCGGAGUCAUCAUCUUCAAGGAGAGGUUCAGCAGCGAGAAGGGCGUGGCGCUCACGCUCUCGCUCUGGGGCCUCGCGUCCUACUCCUACGGGGAGUAUAGAGAAGGAAAAGAGAAGGAAAAGGAAGUGGCUCUAAGAGCUCAGUCCGGUUGAUUCAUUGAGCUUGCUUGUUCGUUCCCCACCUGUGGCAAACCAAACAUGUAUACAGUGCUCGGCCAGGACCGCUGAGACGUAGGUAAUUUAUUACCGUUCAAAGUGGGCCUCAAAAUUUAGGUGCUUGGCUUUGAGAUUCGUGCGCUGCAUGCUCUGAGAUAAAGGUCAGUCUCAAAAAGAUUCCAUUGAGAACCCCAUCUCAGCCAAAUUUUGUUCACAAAAUUACUAUGAACUUUUGUGUCAUGAUCUAAAUGUUGGAAAUUCAUUUUCAGCGUGCACGUGCAUUUAUUGGUA